CUUGUUCUCUCUCUCCAUAGCCACAGACAGAAACAGACUGGAUCAAACACAACUCUGCUGUACACUUUCUGAACGAUACAGCUCUGCUAUACAUAUAUCUACACAGGAAGCUGCUUUCACAUGGACACAAAAGCAUUAGAGACUUCUUAGAAAAUAUAAUUAGUUUUGUAUUUAAAUUUUUUGGACUUUUGUUUAUUUUUGUGUGUAGGUGUUCUAGGAUCUGAGAUAAACAUGCCGAUUAGGACAGUGAUUACGCAUGCUAAGAAACAUCCAGGGCUCAUCCCUCAGUUCUUCUUCUUGGUACUGGGCAUGACUGGGGCUUCCUGCUAUCUGAUCCGUCUGGCCAAGGGACCCCAUGUCAGCUGGAACAGAAAGAACAAUCCUGAGCCUUGGAACACAUACGGGCCAAACUAUCAGUACAAGUUGGUGGCCGUCAACACGGACUACAAGGCUCUAAAGAAGGAGGGCCCUGACUUCUAAAGGUCCUUCAGGCAACUCCAGGGGCACCACGUUUGCAGGACCUCCUGUCAUCCUAGUGGCAGGGGGGGGCAGCCCUGAGCCUCGCUCGGUCGGUUUCUGUCUGUCUCUUCCGCUGCCUUUUAACCAGGCACACUACAACACUAUAGUGAUAUAACUUUCAUUUUUCUUGCACAACCGGGAGUCAUGUAUCCGUCUCCAAACAGCCCUGUUCUAUAACCGUCUACAACACUGUGCAUUAUAGCCAUCUUUUCACAAUGCACAACACUACUGUUGUAUACAUCUCUGUACAUGUAAUGUCACCUUCUCUGUAAAUGUAACAACCCUCUCCAACCCUAAAGUGAUGGAAGCUUGAAAACAAAUGCAUUAAAGAUAAAUGAAAGCAG